GGUGAGUGUAUGAGGGGGGCGUGUAUGUAACAAAAUGGAUUUAUCACGAAAAGAGUUAACACGCUAUAAAGUACUGUCAAAUUUGAUGUUAUAUAGAGUAUGGGAUAAUAUAAUAAAAUAUGUCUGAUAUAUUGUUGGAUACUCUAAAAUCUGGACUAGAACCAGAAUUAAUUAAGUAUCUUGAAUCAGAUACUCAAUUGAGGCAGAGUUCAGAAAAGUACUUACAAGAUCUAUUAAUUAAUGAUGAAUUAUUGUCAACAGAAGUAUUUACUACGACAUCAAUUUCUAGUGCGACAUCACGAGAUGGAGAUAAUAAUAAUAAUAAUAAUAAUAAUAAUAAUAAUAUUAAUAACCAUAAUAAUAAUGGGGUGGAGAAAAAAAUUACGUUAACAGAAGAGAUUGCGGAAUUAGAUCGUCAACAGCGAGAAAUUAAUAUUAAGUUAGCAUCAUUAACUAAUGAAAAUCGAGAAUUAAUUAUAGAUAUUAGUAAUGAUUUACAUCAUAUAACUGAUAAUAUUGAUGUAGAUUAUAAUAAAGAAAUUGAUUCUAUGUUAAAAGUUCUUGAUAUUCAAACAUCAUCAUCAUCAUCAUCAAUUCAUCCUAAUAAAUUUCAAAUAAGUAUUAAUGAAAAAUUAACUAAUGCUAUAAAGAUUAAUAAUUCAAUAUUAUCAAAUAUUGAUUCAGUAUUAGAUAUUUUAGAAUUACCAACUUUAUGUAAAUUAUGUAUACUUCAAGGUAAUUAUCAAGAAUCACUUGAAAUAUCAAUGUUAACUCAAGCUUUAAUUAUUAGAUUUCCUAAAUUAUCUAUAUUUCAAAAGAUUCAGAAUCAAGUUGAACAUGAAUUAAGAAUGAUGGUUAAGGGAUUAAUUAAAUUAUUAAAUACUAAUUUAAAACAGAAUAAUAUAUUAAAGAUCUUUCAAAUUUUAAAUAAAUUAGAUAUAGUUAAUACUACUAGCCUGUCAACCAAUUUAUCAUCAACAUUCUCCAUAAAAUCCAAUUCAACUAAUAAACAACAACAAAAGGAUAAAUUACUUAAAAUCAUAUUUCUUAAUGCUAGAUACAAAUUUAUAACUGAUGAAAUAUCGAAUUUAAAACCAUUAAUAAAAUUCAAUAAAUUGACUUAUUUAAAACGAUUUAUUGAAGUAUAUAGAGAAUUCAUAUUCAAUUCAUUAUCAAUUUACUAUGCCAUAUUUAAUUCUUCAACUGCUAGUACUACUACUAGUACUACUACUAGUACUACUACUAGUACUACUACUAGUACUACUACUAGUACUACUACUAGUACUACUACUAGUACCACUACUUCAGAAGAUGAUCUUUUAAUUAAUCAAUUUAUACGAAGUCUAGCUAAUCAAUUAUCUUCAAGUUUAAUUGAAUAUUUACCAGAAAUAAUUCAAACUAAACAAGAUGAUGAAUUUGAUUCAGAUAUAGAUUUGCAAGGUCAAAAGGAUGGACUUAUCUUACAAAUAAUUUAUUUAUGUAAAUCAUUAGCUAAAUUUAAUGCUGAUUUCGAAUCUGUUAUACGAUGGAAUUUAUGUUAUAUCGAUAAUCCCUUAAUAACAGAAGAAGAUUGGGAAAGAAACCUAAUUAAAGUUAAAAAAUUUAGAUAUUAAUCUAGUAUUGAUAAUACAAAUUUAUGAAAUAAA